AUGCGGCAGGAACUGCAGGGGCCGGAGCUGGUGUUUCCACACUCCUCAGAGGAGGGAGAGGAGAAAAAGGAGGGAGAAGAGAAGGAGGAUGGAGAGGAGAAGAAGGAGGGAGAAGAGGUGGAGGAGGGAGAACGUACUGUGCUGUCGGAGCAGAAGCCUAAGUUAGACCAGGCCGAAUGUCCUGUCUCAUACAGCGAGAACUCGGCUGAAGAGAAGCUGUUGGUGUCCAUGGCUGAAGACCUCCACGCUCGGUACUCGUCUCAGUACCCUGACCGCAAACCGCUACUACUCUGCCCAGUCAAUGAGUUUGGAGUAAAGAAGUUUGUGUGCACCACGCUGCGGCGUAUACCGAUACCGUACCGUGAGCUGUAUGCCUGGCAGGGCUGUGCUAGUUUCAUCUCUGACUUUUUGACUUUGGAGCUGCUGGAAUGUCCAAGUGAAAUACCGAAACAGCUGUACUCUCCAACGUGGGUGGUGCGGAAUCAGACAGGUACGUGUUUUGAUUACGCCACCUUGCUCUGCAGUUUAUUGCUGGGCGCAGGCUACAAUGCGUACUGUGUCAGCGGCUACGCCGUCAAGGAGAUGUGUCUGCUUGAUCUGAGCAACCAGGAGUGUCCACUACUCAAACCUCAGGACACGGUUGAGGAGACGCCGUCUGAGCAGAAGAAGAAACUGAAGUACAUGGUUAAACCGCCACGAGAGCUGAAAAGCACCUUCAAGCAGCGUCAGGAGGAGAAAAAGCUUCAAGAGCAUCACGCAAUGCUCGCCAAGCAGCAGGAAGCCGAGAGACUAAAGGAGGAGCAGGAGCAUUCUCCAGAUCCUCUGUGGGGCUUACGGGUUCACAGCUGGGUUCUAGUUCUGGCAGGGAAACGUGACAUAUCGGAGAGCUUCUUCAUCGACCCGCUCUCGGGCCAGAGCUAUCCCACGUCCAGCGCGUGUUUCCUCGGCAUCGAGAGUGUCUGGAACCAUGAGAACUACUGGGUCAACAUACAGGACUGCCGCUCCGGCUGUACGGAGAUGACGUAUGACCUGCGUGAUGUGCUAAAGUGGGAGUGCAUGAUGUUGUCCAGUAGCAGUUCACCACUAGACCUUCCUGAUGAAACAGAAGAAGAAAAUGAGGAGCAGAAUGAUGAGGAGACAGAAGAGCCUAAGGGUUAUGAGAUGCCUCAGUCAUGGGUUACACAAAUCCACAUCUCAGAAGAAGAUCUGGAAAGUCGCUUCCCUGGUGGGUCGAAGGUUAUCUGUUACAAGAACGCCAAGCUGGAGAAGUUUUCCCCUUAUUUCCUGAAGGACGGAUUAGUCAGAAGACUCUCUAGUUAUGAUGACCCGGAAUGCACUCAAGUCAACACGGUGAAUGAGUGGUAUGCGAACCGGCAUGAUGAGCUCCAGGAGAGGGAACUGAAGAAAGCCACCAAUGUCAUUACAGAGCGUUUCUCACCAGGAAGGAGCUUCGGCCUAAAAACUCAUAGGUACAUGACUCUGGGACCUGAGAUCGAGCAUGUUAUGGAGUUCUACAGCAAAGCUCGACAUGACAACUUGUUCAGUCGAGUCCAGACGGCUACAGAGAUGACGGAGACGUUUCAGGACCGUUCUGACUUCCUGGAUUGCUGGCACGUCAUUUAUGAACCUUUGGAGCCAGCACAAAAUCUUGGAGUUGAGCGACGCAUUCAGAAGGUUGUGGCAAAAUUCCACAGGGAUCGAUCCAAACCAGCCAGCCAGGAUAGGGCUGAACUAGUUUUCCAGAUUUCGCAGAAUCGAAUCGAGAUUACAUAUCAUCUGGAGUACAACAGUAUCAUUCCAGAUUUUAUCAUCUUUGAAAAACCUUCUAACAUUGACGACCCCUUCUCCGACAAGAUGGUCUCUAGCUUUAAGGUGGACCCGUUGGCAGAACCCUUCACAAACAUGGACCUGUACCAGACCCUCAUGGCACUGAUGAAGGAGGAGAAGAAAUUCUUAAUCAGUAUCAAGGACUCUGAGGAUGAAGUGAGGAGCAUCUUAGAGGUAAGAGAGCAGGAGGAGAGUGCCAUUAUGCUUAAGAUCUCCAUGUACGACAUGGCCAGGAAUGAGAAGGCACGCCAAGAGAAGGAAAAGCUGAAGGACCUGGCCCGAGAGACGCAACUGAAGGAAGAGUACGAGGAUGUGGACAUCUUGACUCCGGUCUCGUCUCGGCAGGGAGACUCGGAGUGCCUGAGCGUGCAUAGCCAUGCAGACUGGCCCAACAACCAAAAGCAGAGACUUAUGGACAAGCGCAAGCCCAAGCCCAAGCCCAAUCCCAUCACGGCUCGAUUACAAAAGGAGACUCGCGAGCUCCUGAAAAAGCAGCAGUGGUACCAAAUGAACAAGUCCAACUUGACAAAACAGGAUGAGGAAGAAUAUUUGACCUACUGCUCCGAAGCCAAGUUCAGAAUCAAACUUUUGAAACUGCGCCUCGACUGUGCUGCAGAUGGUGCAGAUCUGGUUGGUCAGUAGGCGGUGAUACAUUUUCUCUUAACAGCAGGUCUGACAGGAGGUUGACACGUCACAGGUUUAUCAUAAUCAAAUAAAAUCAACAUGGUCACAUACAUAACCGUAUAUAGUAUGAUGCGCAGUGAAAUGCUUUUUACGACCACUCCAAUAUAUAAAAGAGAACAAACAUAAAAUAAAAUAUAAUGUAGAUAAAAAAUAUUAAGGAAAAAAAUGAUAUAAUAGAGAAUAAACUAGAAUAAUGACUAGAAACAAAAUUACAAAUAUAAUAUAGAUUUUAAAAAUAAUAUAUGAAAGAGAACAAAUAUUAUAAAGAUAAAAAUAUUAAGGAAAUAAAAGAAUAUCAUAUAAUAGGGAAUAAAACUAGAAUAAUGGAUAGAAACAAAAUUAGAAAUAUAAUAUAGAUAAAAAUGUGAACGAAAAGAAAAAACUUCAGAGGGAACUGAAGAAAGCCAUCAUGAUUAGCCAGAUUCAGGCCUCUGGCCUGGCGUGUACACCCUCUCCCCUCCUUUCGCAAUGGGUAAUGCUGCCCUUCCGGCUAUGUCUGUCGGCCUGCCGGAGCAAAAGGAGAGGCGAGGGGAGGAAGAGGGGAGAAAGAAGGAGCGAGCAGAAGAGACAGACACGUGGUGAUCUGGACCUCAGCCUGCUGGGAAGCGAUCCUCCACGACGCUGGGUGAUGGCACUGGACUUCCUGGUGGUUGGCUAUGACUCCUCCCUUUUCAGGCAGAGAGCAACCGCUCCAGCAUCACAACCUCACUCUUCCUCGGCGCAGCUGUUGGAGGAUAGGGCUCUCCAGCAGCGUGUCUCUCCUCCUUCCCGGGUUUCAGCACCAAUGUAACACAACUUCAAAGAUGGGCGAGGAGGAGGUGGGAACAGGCUGAACAUAAGCAUGAAGUUUAAUGAUAAACAGAACUCAAAUAUAACACAAACGCUAUCAAACGUAAAACACACGUGCACCUCUCUCCCCCUCUGGCGCUUUCAGCCGCUCCUUUCUCUCUCUCUCUCUCUCUCUCUCACACACAGAUUAGCCAAAUCAGUGCCAGGCGUGCGUCCUCACUGCCUGGCUCCUCCCUCCUCCUCGUCACAUACUGACUUAGAGAACUGUAAAAUAAAGCGCAAUGAUUUCUGACAGAACACUUCUUUGUCUGAGAAAUCAGUAGACUAUAUACAGUAAAGUACUGAAUUUUCCCUGAAAUUAAUUUUGUAUUGAACUGAAUUAGAAAGUAGUCUCUCUUUUUUAAAAAAAAAAAGACCUUAUAAAGUGGUGUAAUUAAAUUGUAAUUCCAUUUCCACUCCAUUUACAACUCUGCAAAUGUGGCAAGAAUUUUUUUCAUGCUUUGAAUUGUGUUGUGUACAAAGUUUGUAUGUCACACCAAGAUCUUGAUCUAAGGGCUGGAUUUGCAUAUAGACAUGACUGACAAUCAGCUUUUUCAGGAACUUUUCUCAUGGCAAAACCCUUCCUAGUGUACACUUUACAGCACCCUGUUUCUCAGUACUCCAUGGCCUCCUAGGAGCUUUCUUUCCUGAAACACAAAAACACAAUGUCCAACUAACCAAAACCUUAACCCUUGUGUGUCAAUUAAAAAAGUUACACAUAGGUCCACAGAGGACAAAAAUGUCCAUGUCCAAAUACUGUGAUAAAAAAUAUUAUAUAUUGAUAUAUUUUUCCACUUUCACUGAUGUCGAUUCUUUUCUUUUUUUUAUAACAGCAUAAAUUCUAAUCAUAAUUACCAAACAUUUUGAUCAUUGUAACCCUUUAAAUGCUGGUUUAUUUAAAUAAUGCCACAGAUGUUUUUUAUGAAAAAAAAAGAAAAAUAGAACAGAUUGUUGCAGAGUGUCAGGGUGCAUUAUCCUGCUGAAAGAAACCACUGCCAUUAGGGAAUACCAUCACCAUGAAGUGGUGUACUCAGUCUGCAACAAUGUUUAGGUAGGUGGUACGUGUCAAAGUAACAUUCACAUGAAUGCCAGGACCCAAGGUUUCCCAGCAAAACAUUGCCCAGAGCAUCACACUACCUCCGCCAGCUUGCCUUCUUCCCAUUGUGCAUCCUGAUGCCAUCUAGUGCCAAAGUUAUUGUUAUUUUAGUUGUCUAUUGCUGUAUGUUGGAGUUGAAAUUAAAUACUGAAAAUGAGGAAUUUUUAAGGGAAUUUUUACAUCCGAAUCAGGUAAACAGUGUAGGAAUUACAGCUCUUUUUAUAUGUCCCCCAACCCCCAUUGGGGACCAAAUGUAAUAGGGCAAUCUAACAAUCAUAAAUUAUUUUUAACCACGUAUUUAAAAAAAAUAUUUUUAAUACUUGGUUGCAAAUCCUUUUCAGUCAAUGACUGCCUGAAGUCUGGAACUGGACAUCACCAGAUGCUGGGUUUCUUCCCUGGUGAUGUUCUGCCAGGCCUUUACUGCAGCUGUCUGCUUAAAUACAUUACACUCACUCACUCACUAAUGUAAACAAUGCGAUAGCCUGUGCCAUCACAUUCAGGCUGUAAAAUGAGCACAAACAUUAGAAAUGUUAAAGAAAUAGUUUGGCAAAAAAUGAAACAAACAAAUUUACAACGAAUAUACGUUGCCAAAACGUGUAGUGUAUGAAGCUAAUUUUGUACAAGAGCUGUGCGGCCACUUUAAAUCAGGAACGUGCAAUUAAACCGAAGACAAAUGCAGAAUCUCAAAAGGGAUAAGACUUUCAUUUAUUGUGACAGAUUACAAAUUAAAGACAGUGAUAAUUAAGCAAACAUGACAGAAUACUAAAAUUAGGAUAUUUAAAAAUAGUCACUUGGCCUUGAACACACGUACUAUGACUUUCGCCCUCACAGUAAAAUAAUUCUGUUCAGUUUUCCAUUAUGGCAGUAAAUCCAGUGUUUUCUAGCCUACGUGUGGUUUAUGUUGGGACAGAAGGGAAUGUAAUAAGUUUUAAAGGAACAAUUUGGCCAAAAAAUAAAAAAAUAAAAAUAAAAAAAAGAUUUACACACACUUCCUCUCACCUCAGAUGUAAUUGUUCAGCCAAGACAUGUUUGUUAUAGUUUUGCACAGAAUGUAGCUCACAAGCAUGAGAUCCUUAUAGCUACCAGUUUAGUAUUUUGCAAACUUCAUAUCUGAACUCGCAUCAAUAGACACCAAUUGACUUCGUGAUACUGUUUGUACAUAAACAGCUUUGUACAAGCUAUAUGCACAAAUGAUACACUUACAUAAAGUCAUUUCAUAUAAACUUGCUUAUGUGGUUUCUGUUAAACUGGUACAUAUAAGCUUUCCUUACUUAUUAGUAAGCUUUUUACACCUGUAUAAAACUAAAGAAGAAAACUUUACCCACCAAACAGGACUUGGCUGAGAGG